AUGGGGCACACCUUCAGUCGCCAAGGGCCAUUGGCCCAGUCCUUCUUCAUCCCCAAGCCUCCACUCACAGAGAAAAACCUCCCAGACCAAACCGGAAAAGUGUGUAUUGUGACCGGAGGAAAUGCCGGGGUCGGGUUCGAAGUGUGCAAAAUUCUGUAUGAACACAACGCGACGGUCUACCUUGCUGGCCGGUCAGAGGAGAGGUGCAAGCAAGCGAUCUCGUCGAUUGUCGAGUCGAUCGGCUCAAAGACGAAACCGAAAGGAGCGCUCAGAUUUCUGAAGCUGGACCUCGCCGAUCUGACCACAAUCAAAGCCAGUGCCGAUGAAUUCCUCCGGCAGGAGACGAGGCUGGACUGGCUCUGCAACAAUGCAGGAGUCAUGUUGGCACCGGCCGGCUCCCAAGGCGCUCAGGGCCACGAACUGCACAUUGUCACAAAUUGUCUCGGUCAUUGGCUCCUCACACACCUCCUACACCCCAUACUCAGUUCCACAGCAGCAGGCUCGCCACCAAACACAGUCCGAGUGUCAUGGGCUGGUUCUGUGGUGAUCGACCUUUACUCACCCAAACACGGAAUAUCCUUGGACUCGGACGGCGCUCCGGCCCUCCCUCUUUCCGACCCCCAGAGACUGUAUGCCAUCAGCAAGGCAGGCAACCUGUUCUACGCCUCCGAAUAUGGCAAGCGGUCCAGGACCCAAGGCCCAAGUGUAGUCAGCACAUGCUUCAACCCGGGCAAUCUUCGCACCGAGUUGCAGCGCUACGUGUCACCCACGCGCAGGAUGUUCCAGAAUCUGGUUUUGUAUCCCGCCAUCUUCGGUGCAUACACAGAACUAUUCUCCGGGUUUGCGAAAGAGGUGAGCACCGAAAAGAACGGAUGUUAUAUCGGGCCCUGGGGCCGUGUGUUGGAUGUGAGGGCCGAUGUCAGGGCGAGCUGCCAGAGUGUGGAGGAAGGCGGGAAUGGGAUCGCAAAGGCGUUUUGGGAAUGGAGCGACAGGGAAUGCAGGCCAUAUAUGUGAGGUUCGAACCCGAAUAGCCUCGCCGCGAGAAAAGAGAUACUGCAUUCGAGAUUCGGAAAUGCAGGUCUCAUCACGGCGCAAUUUCGGAGGACGAUGUCCAGAUGGCCCGCCCCAGCCGGCGACCGGCGGUUCAGGGGAGAUGCUGUGUCGACGGGUCCUUUGACCAUUUCCAUUCUUACAGGAGAGAGAGCGUGUGCCAAGGGCAGCACUGCGCAUCUCAUACGGCCGUGUUAGGGGGCUGACGAGCCUUGCUCUCUGAUCUCACCAUGGCCUUCUUUUCUGUAGACAGGACGUCUGCUCCGUCUGUGACAGGAUGUCAUGCAGCAGCAUUGGGAGUCUACUGGCCCAGGGUUGAAUCCCUCAUCAUCCCUCAUCCAUCCUCCGCAGAGUUAGCGAGAUCGUCUGCUUUUUUUGAGCGUGGACACGACGGAGGCGUCAAUGAGUCAGCUACUGAGU